GCAGCGCGGAGCGGCCGCCAUGGGCAACGCGGGGAGCGUGGACGCGCAGCAGACGGAGCUGAGGGCGCACAGCGUCCCCCUGAAGCUGCCCAUGCCCGAGCCCGGAGAGCUGGAGGAGCGCUUCGCCGUGGUGCUGAAUGCCAUGAACCUGCCUCCCGACAAAGCCCGGCUCCUGCGGCAGUACGACAACGAGAAGAAGUGGGAGCUCAUCUGUGACCAGGAAAGAUUCCAAGUGAAGAAUCCUCCACACACGUACAUCCAGAAGCUGAAGGGGUAUCUGGACCCAGCAGUGACCAGGAAGAAAUUCAGGAGACGAGUCCAGGAGUCAACCCAAGUGCUCCGAGAACUGGAAAUUUCCUUGAGGACAAACCACAUUGGAUGGGUCAGGGAGUUCCUGAAUGAGGAGAACAAAGGCCUGGAUGUCCUGGUGGAAUACCUGUCCUUUGCCCAGUAUGCAGUCACGUUUGACUUUGAGAGCCUGGAGAACAGCGUGGAGAGCUCCAUGGACAAGUCCAAGCCCUGGAGCCGAUCCAUCGAGGACCUGCACAGGGGCAGCAAUCUCCCCUCUCCUGUUGGGAACAGCAUCUCCCGCUCCGGCCGGCACUCCACUCUCCGGUACAACACGUUGCCGAGCAGGAGAACGCUGAAGAACUCGCGGUUGGUGAGUAAGAAGGACGAUGUCCACGUGUGCAUCAUGUGCCUCAGGGCCAUCAUGAACUACCAGUACGGAUUCAACAUGGUCAUGUCCCACCCGCACGCCGUCAACGAGAUCGCGCUGAGCCUCAACAACAAAAACCCCAGGACAAAGGCCCUGGUGCUGGAGCUCCUGGCAGCCGUUUGCCUCGUCCGAGGGGGCCACGAGAUCAUUUUGUCUGCAUUUGAUAACUUCAAGGAGGUGUGUGGGGAGAAGCAGCGCUUUGAGAAGCUCAUGGAACAUUUCAGGAAUGAAGACAACAACAUUGACUUCAUGGUGGCCUGCAUGCAGUUCAUCAACAUCGUGGUGCACUCCGUGGAGGACAUGAACUUCCGAGUGCACCUCCAGUACGAGUUCACCAAGCUGGGCCUGGAUGAGUACCUGGAUAAGCUGAAGCACACGGAGAGUGACAAGCUGCAGGUGCAGAUCCAGGCCUACCUGGACAACGUUUUCGACGUGGGGGCUCUGCUGGAGGACGCGGAGACCAAGAACGCGGCCCUGGAGAGGGUGGAGGAACUGGAGGAGAACCUGUCCCACCUAUCUGAAAAACUCCAGGACACGGAGAACGAAGCCAUGGCCAAGAUUGUAGAACUGGAAAAGCAACUCAUGCAAAGGAACAAAGAACUGGACGUGAUCCGGGAGAUCUACAAGGAUGCAAACAGCCAGGUUCACACCCUGAGGAAGAUGGUGAAGGAGAAGGAGGAAGCCAUCCAGCGCCAAUCCACGCUGGAGAAGAAGAUCCACGAGCUGGAGAAACAGGGAACCAUCAAGAUCCAGAAGAAAGGGGAUGGGGACAUCUCCAUCCUUCCCGUGGCCCUGGGCUCCGGGGCGGUGCCGGUGGGAGCCGAGGCGGUGCCGGGGGCCUGUGCCACGCCUGGAGCGGCCACCUCGGUGCCACUGCCACCACCUCCCCCACCCCUGCCCGCCCUGCCGGGCUCCCCCGAGGCAGUGCCCAACGGCCCCGUGGCGAUGCCCUGGGAGCCUCCACCACCACCUCCUCCUCCUCCACCACCUCCUCCUCCUCCUCCUCCUCCUCCUCUGCCGGGCCCAGCUCCGGACGCGGCUCCGGACGCGGCUCCGGCGGUUCCGCUGCCCCCUCCGCCGCCGCCCUCGGCUCCCCCCCUGCCCGGCACGGCCUCGCCCACCGUGGUCUUCAACUCCGGCCUGGCAGCUGUGAAGAUCAAGAAGCCCAUCAAGACCAAGUUCCGCAUGCCCGUCUUCAACUGGGUGGCCCUGAAGCCCAACCAGAUCAACGGCACCGUCUUCAACGAGAUCGACGACGAGCGCAUCCUGGAGGAUCUGAACGUGGAUGAAUUCGAGGAAAUAUUCAAAACAAAAGCCCAGGGCCCAGCCAUGGAUCUGACUUCCAGCAAGCAGAAGAUCCCUCAGAAAGGAUCCAACAAAGUCACGCUGCUGGAUGCCAACAGAGCCAAGAAUUUGGCCAUCACCCUUCGGAAAGCCGGGAAAACGGCGGAUGAGAUCUGCAAAGCCAUCCACGUGUUUGACCUGAAGACGCUGCCGGUGGAUUUUGUGGAAUGCCUGAUGCGGUUCCUGCCCACGGAGAACGAGGUGAAGGUGCUGAGGCUGUACGAGAGGGAGAGGAAGCCCCUGGAGAACCUGUCUGACGAGGACAGGUUCAUGAUGCAGUUCAGCAAGAUCGAGCGGCUCAUGCAGAAAAUGACCAUCAUGGCCUUCAUCGGCAACUUCUCCGAGAGCAUCCAGAUGCUCACCCCGCAACUCCACGCCAUAAUCGCUGCCUCUGUCUCCAUAAAGUCAUCCCAGAAACUCAAGAAGAUCCUGGAGAUCAUCCUGGCCCUUGGGAAUUACAUGAACAGCAGCAAACGAGGGGCUGUGUAUGGAUUUAAGCUGCAGAGUUUAGACCUGCUCCUGGAAACGAAGUCGACGGACCGGAAGCAGACGCUGCUGCACUACAUCUCCAACGUGGUGAAGGAGAAGUACCAGCACGUGGCCCUGUUCUACAACGAGCUGCACUACGUGGAGAAGGCAGCAGCAGUGUCCCUGGAGAACGUCCUGCUGGAUGUGAAGGAGCUGCAGCGGGGCCUGGAGCUGACCAAGCGCGAGUACACCAUGCACGACCACAACACCAUGCUCAAGGACUUCAUCCAGAGCAACGAGGGCAAGCUCAAGAAGCUCCAGGACGAUGCCAAAAUAGCCCAGGAUGCCUUUGAUGAUGCUGUGAAGUAUUUCGGGGAGAAUCCCAAGACGACCCCACCCUCCGUCUUCUUCCCGGUGUUUGUCCGCUUUGUGAAGGCCUACAAGCAAGCAGAGGAAGAAAACGAGCUGAGGAAAAAGCAGGAGCAGGCCUUAAUGGAAAAACUCAUGGAGCAGGAAGCGUUGAUGGAACAACAGGACCAAAAGUCCCCAUCCCACAAGAGCAAGCGGCAGCAGCAGGAGCUGAUCGCGGAGCUGCGGCGCCGGCAGGUCAAGGACAACCGGCACGUGUACGAGGGCAAGGACGGCGCCAUCGAGGACAUCAUCACAGCCCUAAAGAAGAAUAAUAUCACUAAAUUUCCCAAUGUUCACUCGAGGAUCUCCGGAACCAGCCGUACCGCCGGGCCGACGCGCUGAGGAGGAGCGUGCGCCGCCGCUUCGACGAGCACGGCCUGCGCUCCAACGGCGCCGAGCUGGCCAUGUGAGCGCCACGAGCUCCGCAUCCCGCCUUUUCCAGGGAAAAACGGACCUUCGGAGGGCUCCCGGCCCCGCGCCGGGAUCUCCACGCCAAGUGCCUGAAAUGGAAGUUCCUGCUCCCGUGGAUCCCAGCAAUAGGAUUGGGGUUGGUUGGGGGCGCCAAGGCUCUGCAGGGUUUGGAACCAAAAUGUAAAAUAUGGGUUGGUUCGGGGGAUUGGGUUGGUGAGAGCUCCCGUGGGCCUGGUUGGAAACUGGGAAUACUGGGAAUACUGGGAAUACUGGGAAUACUGGGAUGUGCUCGGCUUGUAAUGCUGGGCCGAGGGGCGGGCCCGGCCUCCAGCUGCACUUAACGGCUCUUUCUUAAUUCAAACUACAAACAAAGACAUUUAAGGGCUUUCUGGACGUGGAAUUAAAAUAAUCCCAAGGAGCUCCCAGCCCUUUUCCCAGCCCCUGCAGCCUCCCAGUGGAACGUGGGAUCCCAAUCCCAGGGAUAGGAACAGAACAGGAGCUUCCCCCAGUUUGGGACGUUCCAGGGCUCGGGCUGGGGGGGGCAGGGAAGGCAGCCUUGGGAUAACAGCGUAUUUAUUAAUUAGCACUAAGCAAUUAACACCCAGUAAUCAGUAUUAAGCUCUGAGGACCACUGCAGCCCAGUUCCUGGCAGGGGCAUUCCAGCCUGCUCCGGCUCCGAGACAUUCCUGCUCGGAUUCCCUGCUGAGGCUCCUUUGGAAGGGAAGCCCAGCCUAAAACUCCCGCCAGGUUUUAGGUUCAGUUUUAGGUUCGGUUUUAGGUUCGGUUUUAGGUUCUCCGUGGCAUUUUCCAAGCCUAAAAAGGGACGGGAGGCUGACUUAGGAGCGUGGAGCAGCGGGAUGGAUCCCACUCCGUGCCAUGCCAGCAGAAUCCAGGAGCUGGGAAGGGCUGGACCGAGGAGAAAUUCAUCCUUCCCAAAUCCCAUUUCGCUUCCCUGCCUGGGCUCAUCCAUCUGUUAAUUGUAAAAUUUCUUGUAUAGUAUUUAACCACUGAAUUUCUCUGCCCUUUCCCGUUGUGCUCCCACUGGUGAAGGUCCCUGUUGGAUUAUUUUUUUUCCUUGGAUAACGUGUAGUUAUAUGAUAAUCUGUUUUUAAAUGUACAGAUAUUUUGCUACAAAAUCGGUGCAGUUUUUUAUGGUUUUUACACUUCCCCCUCCCCUCCCACUUCAGCCUCUGGGUAAUAUUGUAAAUAUUGUUUAAAAAGGAAAUAAAUGCAUCAAGCCUGUGCUAUACAAUCUGAAUGUUAUUUUAACUUAUAGUUUUUGUUUUUAUAUUUAACUAAAAGGACAGUUUGGGACUCGGAGUUACCACAUUGACCAAUUUCCAGGAAUUUUUUUUUCCUUGAAAAACUGCCAAGUUUUCCAUUUCCAGCACUGUGUACUUGACCUGCUAAAGAGAACAUGCCACUGUUGCAAGGAGUGUUUACAUCAAAGAAAACCGGAUAAUUUGAAUUUCAAAUUUCAGCAGGUGUCGGGGUAUAAACACUAAAUCUCAUUUUCUUCAGCUCAAAGGUAUUUUUUUAAUAAAAGCCCAAAAUGAAAGCCAAGCUGGCAUGUUCUCUUUAAUAUUUUUCUAGUCAUAGAUCUGCUUCUUAGCAAGAUUAGAAGUGUUUUCUAAAGCAGUUCACGUUCCUUUCCUGGUCUGUUCCUGCCAUAAAAUCAAAUAAACUAUUUACACUACUA